UGGUAGCAAAAGGCAAGUGAUGGACAAAGUUGGUAACAUACUUUAGAGCUAUUUGCAUGUCUAUGGGCUGUUUGAGGUCUAAGAGGGCUGGGACCAAGAUUAGUACGUCCUCAAAAAAUGGUGGAGUCGAUAUGAACAACAUGCCCGAGAUAAACAGACAACGGUCGGGAGACGUCAGCAUCAUAAAAUCACAGAUUGCUGGAGUUUUGUACAAAAAACCGGUGGGACAUCAGUCGAGCAAGUGGUCAAAACGCUAUUUCAUACUCAAGGACGGAUGGUUGUUGUAUUAUGCUGAAAAUGAAAGGCGCGAGUUGGAGAAACGGAGAUGUCUUAAUAUUCACCCAAAGGGGGCAAUCCCUAUGGGAGAGUGUCGAGUCACUGCUACCAAGGAAGCAAAUCAGCCAUUUGCCCUGUGCUUGGAGAGUGCUGAAAUGGAGGGUAACCUAGUGCUGGGUGCAGAGAAUGAGUUUGAAAGAGACAAGUGGCUGGAAUUACUACAGAAAGCUGGAAGAGUAACCUGGUCAAAUAUACAGCUAUCAGAUACAAUGAUACAACAGUUGGAGUCCCAGGGACAGCAGAUGGCUCAGGAGAAGCAGGAUGUCUUUGAUAGACUACAGUCUGAAGUGUUGGCUUUAUCAGAUGAAAAAAUUCGCACUGAGGAACUGGAAAAGUUAAACAAAGAGCUGGAGAAGGAGAAAACAAAAAUGGAGUCCUUCAUGGACGAAUUACAGCAAGAAUACGACAAAAUCAAAGGUGAAUUAGAAGAGACGCAGGAUACGAUGUCCAAGGUUGAGACAGAGAGAUCAGAGUUGACUGAAGUAUUGUCUCGCCAGGAAGCCUCACUAGAGGAUCUUGGAAAAGAGAAGGAGAAAAUUCUCAAUAAACUUCAAGAAAGAGAAUCCAAAAACAAGAAUUUGGCUCAAGUAACAGAAGGUCUAAGGAAAUAUCUAAAAGAAAUUGAAGAGAAAACAGAGACUUUACUGCAUGAAAAAGCUGAGGCUGAAAACAGGUGGAAAGAAAAUGAGGAGUGGGCCUUGCAGCUUGCGGAGGAGAAGCAGCACUUCAGUGAGCAUGCUCAGGAACUUCAAGCCACAAUUAAGGACUUGACAGUACAGAAAGAGAUGACUGAAGCAGAAUUAAAGGAGGAAGUGCGAGCACGUCUGGAUGCAGAGAAGAGGCUGAGGAAUGCUGAGUUAUCUGUGGCUAAUCUGGACCGGGCAGUUCUCCACGAAACGCCCAACAUAGAGGAGAAGGUCAAAGAGGAAAUGAUUGUGGAUGUGAAGAGACUUAAGAAGUUUUUCGAGGACCUGGCAGCAGAGGCUAGUUUAGACUCAGAUAAACCUAUUGUUGUGAAGAACGCUAUCCAUGCUCGUAAAACUAUUGUGAGAAAAGCCCGAAGUCAGAAGUUUGAGAGUAGGCGGAGGUCCAAUGUUCUGAGACAUAGAACGUCCAGCUUGGAUGAGUUGCGUGGAGAUCGGGAGAAAGUGACUGUCCGGCGAGCUGCGACAACCGUGUACCGUGAUACGCGCUCCGUGCCUGUGCUGAACCACAGCCUGGAUGAAACCAGCUUGAUGUCUCCUAUUUUCACAGAGAGGCUGUGACAUGAAGGCCAAUGCUUCAGCCACCAGCACAACACAUAUACACCAUAAAGCCUGGUGUCGGAAGUGGGAUCCACGCUGCCAUAGUUGUCAUGAAGUUCCAUCCAGCACCUCCAGAUGUUGUGAUCAUUGUUUAUACAAAGAGACCAAAGAUGAUCUGUUUGGUAUUUUCCUCCGUCUCUGCACAUGUCUAUCACAGUUUUAUAUAUACUUUGUACCACUAUUUAAUAGUUUUGAAGAUGUGAUAUUGUAGCGGUGAUCAACUAAAAGCUUGUGUUACUUCUCCGGAUCAUUUUCAGAGUGUUCCUGCAACAUACAUACACAUUGUGCAUUUGUGGUUCAUCUUUGAAUUCCAUACUUCCGUGGAAUUGUGGUGUGCACAUGCUGUAGUUUUAGGGCAGCAGUUUUGGUUUGGGUAGAGGCCGUCCUCCCAUAUUUUGUAAUGUGGCAGAGUUACACAUUCGAUCCGUCUUGUUACCACUGAAGUACAUUGCUCAUGCCUCUUGUGAUUGCCUGUAUACAUGUAUAGGGAUGUUUCAUGCAACAUUAUUGUUCUUUUGAAACAUUUAUUUUCAUACACCAUGCUAUUUGUUAUAUGACACAGAAAAUAUGCCUAUGUACAUACAAGAUAUGGACUUAUCAGAUAUAAUAUAACUAACUUGUAUGCCUUUUAAACAUAAAUUGCACAUUGUAAGUGGGGUUAAAGGAAGUAAAGAUUUUCAAAAAAGAACAUUCUAUCUCCUAAUACGCCUCUUAAUAGGGAGUACAUCUGAUUUAUGGUUUAAUAAACCAAGAUCAAAAUGUCAAGGAUCCAUAGACAAAAGGUGAUAAAUGAACAUGUUUUUGUGAUGGUAUCAGUUGUCUUUUGCUUAUCAAUUUACUUGUCUUAACUAAGGGAAACAAAAAAGUAUAAUGAAAGUCAUCGACUCUCUACAGAUCAGUUUGAUAUUAAAACUGUGGUAAAAAUCAAUUCCUAUUGGCCAGUUGAUAGAUCAUCCUGGGUUUUAGGCUCAUGUUUGCUAUACAGUGUGUUGUGUAAUGUGAGGGAAAACUAUAUGAAAAUACAUUAACAAGUCUCACCUCCUUAUGGGUUGGAAAUUCAGCUAAAACUGUACUGGGCCGCAAACAGAGCAUUGUAUUGAAUACAAACAGCUGGAGUGUUGUCUGUAUUUUUAAUACUCUACAAGUGCAUGCAUGCUGAAAAAUGUGCAAUAGCUUUUUUCAUGUUCUUUAUUAUUUUUCUCCUUUGUGGUUAAGAGUUAUUUUUUUCUCAUGGGAUCAUGUUGAUUUCUUUUUGGUCAUUUGGUCAAGAUAUUCCUGGAAAUAUGAUACCAGGUACCAACAAGGGAGAUAACUUUGUUAUGCACGUACAUUUACAAAGUGGGAAAUGCGACUCGAUGCUAGCGAUGUAAAUUUGACAUGUUUUUAAUAGGAAACAAUAAGAAAAUGUUGGCUGUUAGAAAUUUCUAUUGAUCAUUGUUUUUGGAAUUUGAACGCGACAAGCAAUUUUUUGCUAGAUUUCCUCCUGCAACAUUUGAUGAACUGUGUUACACAUAACAAUCAGGAGUGGCUUAUGAAAUGUUAGUGACAGCUUGAUAAGUAAAUAUUCUGUGUAUUGUCUUAGUUAUAGAUAUUAAAUAAUUUUUAAGCUAGUCUAACAAAUAUUAGACCCUUUCUGCACUAACUUCUGUUGAUAAAAGUGCUUAUGGCAGGUAUUUACACAUUUUAACAUGUACAGUAAUGUUUCUGAAUGCACAUCUCGUCCAAUUCUCAGUAAUAAUACAUUAAAAUAUUUUCAUAUUAAAACUUUCAUGGCAAAUGUAAAAUGUCAUUUUAAAGUAGGUGUUUGUUCGCUGGUAAAUUACUGAAUUGCAUGGGAAUAUUUUUACUUCCAGGAACAAUGUAACAGUAUUCAAACAAAACCAGUCUUAAGCUGGCAUGGCAUUUAUAGAGGAUUUGAAUGUGUUUUUUGUUUACUGUAAUCUAUCUUUUUUGGGUAGGGGCAAGGGAGUGUGGGUGUGGUAUAGACAGGUACAGAUAAAUGUAGGAGGUUAGCAAUUUUGAUACAUAUUAAUAUGUGGAAAUUAGUAGAGCUGACCAUUAGCAUGUCUAUAGCUAGAUGCAAUAGAGGUUGUUAGCUCUGUGGUCUAGGCCUUGUGAUAACUUAAGGUACAUUUAGGAUAUAGAUGUGUUACAGACCAGCAUAACCUUGUUUACCAUGUUCAUGGGCCUGGAGUUGACCUGUUGUGGAAAGAUAGAGCCACUGGUAUGGUUUUCUUUUUGUCUGUUGUUGUGUAUAUGAAUAGUCUUCAAAACUUCAAUGACUUUUCACAUAAGAAUACAUCUGUUCAGAUGUAAUUUGCACAUCUCAGUGAUUUAAUUUUGGACAUACAACCAAACUGGUCAGAUUUGAGACUUGCACUGCUUCACGCCUUACCACAGAAUUUUGUCUGUAGAGGUUAGUUCUGCCAAAAUAUGCUCUGGUGGAAGUGUUCUUUCAGUGCCGUGUUACAAGUAUCGUGCAAAAUAUUUCAUGAAUUACGGUAUAGAUUCAAGCCCUCUGUGUGCACAUGUGCAUACUGAGAACUUCUCUGCCUUCAGUGAUAUGUACAAUGGUGAUGGAUAUAUUCAUUGAUGCCUGAACUGUAUAUAUGUCUACAGGUUAUGCCAAGGCUUAAUUGGAUGUUCAUAUUUCAUUCAUAGUAGUAUUUCUGAACAUGUUUGUUAAACAGAUCAGUAAAACUGAAAACCAAAUACUGAUUUUCUGUUUUGUGUAUU